AUGAAAGGAAAAAGCGUUGACGAACUUUGUCAAUUGGAAACGACCAUCAUUAACAAAGUAAAUGCUGGCGGCUCGGGAACAGACAUUUCUUAUUGGGAAGGUCUUCUUAUGCAUUUGAAAGUGUUUAUCGCCAAAACUCGACUAAGAGAACUUCAUCAAAAGAUGCUCAAGCUCAAGCUGGCAAAAAUUCGUGAGGAGCAAAUGCGAGAAGUUGGGAAGUUUGACACACAAGGUCGAACGUUUGUUGUUAAGAAGCGUACUUUAUCCGAUGAUGAAGAAGGAGAUCUUGAGAAGCAUUUGCGAAGAAAAGUUGACCUCGAUGAGCUUGAGGCAGCGGACCUUGAUGACGAACAGAAGGAGAUGCGUUGG